AUGGAAAGAAAGUUGGAUUUAAAAAUUGAACCGUAUCAAAAAAUAUCAAUUGAAAAUAUUACAGAAAACUCACAAGGUUUAGCUAUUUGGCUAUCGAUUCACACCAACAAUGCACCUAUGUUAGCCGUCACAUCGGUUGCACCACACGAUGAUUGGUGUGAACAUAUUGAACAGAGUAUAACCAUUUUUGUGCCACAACGUAUUAAAACUGAUUAUGUUGUCUUCAAUAAAAUGAAAAGUGUACCGGUUGAUGCAUGUCUGAAGUGUCUUUCUACAAAUCCCUACAAUAAAAAUAUUUUUGCUGGUUCUACAUAUAAUGGCGAAAUCUAUGUUUGGAAGUGUCAACAUGAUUCCAACUCAAAAACACUUGAAGUACAGCAAUUGUUUAAAGUGACUUCACAAAAUGGUUCCGCUGUUGGCAUAGAGUGGACAUCACCGAAUUCUUUGUUCACUGCUCAUGCCAAUGGUAACGUUUUGCAAUGGUUCACUGGAGAGGAAAUGGUUAAAUCAAAUCAAUGGUUAAAUAUUCUCCAAUCAAAUGGUACAACUGAGAUCACGACAAUAUUAUGUUUGAGUCCUGAAAAUUUUGUUAUUGGGACAAGUGAUGGCAACAUCUAUAAUUGCUUUAAUGAAACUCUUCGCACAGGUCAGAAGGUUCUGAAAGUAAUGAAACUUAAAAACCAUCAAUUUGCUGUCACCACACUUUUGAAAGGAACACUACCUGGUGACAGCUAUGUAAUAAGCUGUGAUAUGAGUGGCGAACUCUACUUUCAUGAUAUUAAAAUAGAAGAAAAAACUGAUAAUAUUAUAAAAAUUCCUUUACCCUUUAAAAAUGUUAUUGCAAGCUCUCGAGACGGUAACGUUAUUUAUAGUCCAGGAACAGAUGGUUCAUUAGUAUAUUACAGAAAAUCUGAUGGAAGGUACAAAGAAAUUAAAGGAGCACUCCGUGGCAAAGGAAAUACUAUCAAAUUAACAAAUAAUGGUUAUUGGAUCGUUACUGGUUUAUAUGGUUGUGACUUUCAACUAUUUUAUCUUGAAGACUAAACAACGCAAUUGGGUUUAAUGAAACAAAUUUUAGAAAU